AUGUGUUGGCAUCAAAAACAAAAACGCCUUCCAUCUUCAUCUAUAACUAUUGGACAAGCAGAUUGGAAAACAUCCAAUUAUGUUUCAACAACAAAGUAUAAUUUAUUCACAUUCUUGCCACUAUUUUUAUUUUAUCAAUUUAAAACAUUUGGAAAUUGGUUCUUCCUUUUGAUUUGCAUUGUACAGUUUUUCCCAAGUUUAAAUCCAUAUGGUACGAAUACAACCAUUAUACCUCUUGUUGUUAUCAUCCUAGCAGCGGCAGCAAAAGAAAUUUUCGAAGAUUUUGGACGUUUAGUCGCCGAUCGUCGUGUAAAUCGACAAAUUGUGCUAAUUUGUAAGCAAGAAGAAGAUGCAAAAAAUUGGAAAUGGGAAAGGAUUCAUUGGGCUCAGUUAAAAGUUGGCCAAGUGGUGAAAAUUAUGAAAAACGAAUUUAUCCCAGCAGAUAUCAUACUACUUUCAUCUAGUGAACCAGCUGGUGUGGCAUAUAUUGAAACCAGUAAUUUGGAUGGUGAAACAAAUCUUAAAAUUCGUCAAGCUCUGCCAAAAACUGCUCGGAUAAUUGACGAUGAUAAAAUCAAGGCACUAUGUUCAUCCUUAUCAAAGGUGGAAUGUGAUCCACCAAGUCCAGCACUGUAUGAAUUUCAUGGUGUUAUCAAAAUCAACAAUUCGUUUGAAAUGCUGAGAAAGGAAAGUGAUGAACAUCAUAAAGCGAUUUGUUCCCUUGGAACAAAUCAGCUAUUACCUCGAGGAUGCAGACUGCAAAAUACCGACUGGGUCUACGGUGUUGCGGUGUACGCCGGUCGAUGCACAAAGCUUGUAUUGAAUACAGGUGGUACUCGCACUAAAGUGUCAUUGGUGGAACGAAUUACCAAUUGCAUAAUGAUGAUUCAGUUCGGAUUUUUAGUGUUCAUGGCGUUAUUUAACGCAUGUAUGGGUUGUAGUAGUAUCAGUAAGGUGUAUUAUUAUAUGCCAUAUUUUCGCGAAAAUUUUCAUCGUCCACAUAUCUUCCCUACACUUAUUGGUUUAAUAAUAUUUUAUUCUGGUCUAAUACCGAUCAGCUUGAAUAUUACACUUGAAAUGAUUCAGUUAUUCCAAGCUUAUUUUAUUCAACAAGAUUUAAAUCUUUACGAUGAGCAUUCCGACACAAAGGCUGAAGUACGAAGUUCAAAUUUGAAUUCACAACUUGGACAAGUUCGUUAUAUUAUCAGUGACAAAACGGGUACAUUAACUCAGAAUAAAAUGCGCUUUAAAAUGUGUACCAUUGGUGGUGUAAAAUAUGGCUCCAUGAAGAUGGCGAAAUUUAUGGAUGAAAGAAUUCUCGAGGAUUUAAUCAAUAAUGCUGAUAAUGCUAAAGCUAUACGUGAGUUUCUAACGUUACUAGCAAUCUGUCAUAUGAUUGUGCCGGAGAAGGUUACAAAUUCUGAAAAACAAAAAGUGGUUUAUCAUUCACCAUCACCAGAUGAGAAAGCAUUAGUUAAAUGUGCAAGAGAUCUCAAAUUUAUCUUUCAUACACGGACGCCACAGUGUGUUUAUAUUGAAGCUAUGGGUGUACAAGAGAAGUAUGAUAUAUUGCAUGUGUUAGAAUUUACAAGUAAUCGUAAACGAAUGGGUGUUAUUGUGCGAUGUCCAGAUAAGAAGUUGAAGUUAUACAUUAAAGGCUCGGAUAAUGUUAUUUUUCCAAGAUUAACGUCAAAUUCUGAUAAAUCUACAAUUAGCAAAACAACGGAACAUUUGGUGCAUUUUGCUAAUCUUGGUUUGCGUACAUUAUGCAUGGCAGUGUGCGUCCUUAGUGAGGAAGAGUACGAAAAAUGGGAGCCUGGUUAUCAUCGGGCAAGUAUUGCGCUUGAAGGACGCGAAAAGCUAAUUGAAGAGGAAGCAGAAAAAAUUGAAAAGAAUCUGGAAUUGCUUGGUGCGUCGGCUAUUGAGGACAAGUUACAGGAGGGAGUGAAGAAAACUAUCGAACAUUUGAUUGAAGGUGGUAUCAUAAUUUGGGUAUUAACAGGUGAUAAGUUAGAAACUGCACAAAGCAUUGGGUAUUCAUGUGGUCUAAUUGAUCCAUUUACACCGAUUUUGGUACUUAGCGAGAGGAACCCUGAAGAAACAGCUAACAAAAUUAACACGUAUCUUGACAGUUUUGCAAACAAAAAGAUUAAAAUUUCAUUAAUUGUUAGCGGCGAGAGUCUUGGUCAUGCUUUAAAGAAGCAAUAUAAGAUGCAAUUUCUUUAUUUGGCCUCAUUGUCCUCAACCGUAAUAUGUUGUCGAUGUUCACCAGCACAGAAAGCUGCUGUAGUAAAGUCACUCAAAAAUUGGUCUGAUGGUACCGUACUUGCAAUUGGUGAUGGUGCCAAUGAUAUUGCAAUGAUACAGGCAGCUGAUAUUGGUAUUGGAAUAAGCGGUGAAGAAGGUUUGCAAGCAUCACUUGCAGCUGAUUAUUCCAUUGCACAAUUUCGAUUUUUGGAACGUCUUAUAUUUGUUCAUGGAGCUAUCAGUUAUCAUCGUAUUACAAAAGUUAUUUUGUAUUUUUUUUACAAAAAUAUCGUUCAAACUCUAACUAUGUUUCUUUAUGAAUUCCAUACAUUGUUUGCCGAUUCGGCAAUAAUGGAUAGUUGGUCGAUGGUAAUGUUUAAUAUAUUUUUCACUAGCUGGCCACCCUUGGCCAUUGGUAUUUGGGAUAGAUUACUUCCAUUUGAGGUGAUGAUCGAUUAUCCAGCGCUUUAUUAUUUAUCACAAAGUAGCGAAACAUUCUCGCUGAAGACUUAUUUUACAUGGAUGUUCACUGGUUUGGUGCAUGCUAUGGUAAUUUCUACGAUUGCUUAUCGAACAUUUAAAAACGAUGUCCUGUGGUAUACUGGUCGUGUGGCCAAUUAUUACGUCAUGGGAACUGUUAUUAACAUUGCAAUUGUAAUUGUUGUCAAUUUAAAGGCUGUUAUGGAAACCGACUCUAUCACCAUCAUGUCCUGGAUAGCACUAUUCGGUUCCAUCAUUAUGCUAUUUAUAUUCCUUUUUUCGUACUGUUUAACAUCACCUGCUAGUCCAAUUAUCAAAGUUCAACCAGGUAUGGCCGAUACAAUACUUCAUGUGUUGAGUUCACCUACUGCCCUUGCAUAUGUCAUAUUUGUCGUAUUGGUAUCUCUGUCAUUCGAUCUGCUGAUUAAAUUAUUGCAACGAUCAUUGUAUCGAACUAUUCGUGAUGAAGUUGUUUCACAAGAAUUUGAUGUGAAGCAAUUUGAUGAUCUUUAUUAUCCGCUUGUUAAAGUGAAAGAAAUUUUUUCCAAAGCAUCCGAAUCAGCUCUUAGCCUUGUAAAUAUGCAAACUAAACAACGUGGCUAUUCAUUCUCUCAAGAUGAAGGACCAGCUGUAUCACAGAGCGAUGUUGUACGAUUGUAUGAUUCUCGGGUACCAAGGAUGUUCAGAAGCUAA